AUGUAUUCGGUUAUAACAAUCAGCGAUUCAUGUGCGACCGGUAACGCAACGGAUUCUAGCGGACCACAUUUGGUGGAGCUGAUUAAGCAAUCGUUUAAAUCGAAUACAGUCAACUAUCUGUUGAUUCCAGACGAGGAAGAUCAAAUUAAACAAUCCCUCAUCUACGCGUGCGAUGUGUUGAAAGUACGUGCAGUUUUCACCACCGGUGGUACAGGAUUCGCUCUGCGCGAUGUUACUCCGGAGGCCACACGGGCAGUCUUGACGAAAGAAGCUCCGCAGCUCACACUGGCCAUGACGUUGUGCAGCUUGGAAAAGACCAAAUUCGCUGUGCUUUCGCGAGCUGUGUGCGGUGUACGUAACAGAACGUUGAUCGUGAAUUUUCCGGGCAGCAAAAAGGCGGUCAGCGAGUGCUUCCAGUCGAUUGUAGAUGUUCUGCCUCACGUGCUGAACCUGUUGAAUGAGAACGAAAUAGAAUGCGUACGUGAGACUCAUCGAAAAGUGCACGGAUCUUCGACCGACGAGGGGCAAGCGACGACACAAGAAAUCCCCCACGUGUGUCCCCAUGCCACCGGGAAAGGAGGCGACGAUCGUAACUCACCUUUUCCAAUGAUCGGUGUACAUGAAGCGCUGCAGCUGAUCUUGGCAAGUCUGCCCAAUUCGCAAUCCACGAAGAAGCAAUUUAGCCGCGUAAACAUUCCUCCAUUUCGGGCCUCUAUCAAGGACGGGUAUGCCGUGAAGUCAGACGGUGGAAAGGGUAAGAAGAGGGUGAUUGGAUAUGUCUCGGCCGGAGAUAGCAUCGUACAGACCAGCUUUGCGAAUGAUAAGUGUUUCAAAAUCAACACUGGAGCGCCUGUACCCGCGCAUGCCGAUGCAGUCAUUCAGAUUGAAGACACACUUCUGAUUACCCGGCUGGCAGGGAAGGAUAAUUACGAACAUAUCGUUGAAAUUUUAUCCGAUCCGACACCUUUGCUCGAUAUUCGACCAAUCGGUAGUGAUCUGCGGAUAUCGGAGGAGGUCUUCCAGUACCGAUUCCCACUCGAUGCGUGUCAACGUGCGCUGUUGGCUGCAAUUGGUGAAAAGGUGUCGAUAGUGAAGUUGAAGGUGGCCAUUCUUUCAACGGGCGAUGAGCUGCUUCAUCCGUACGAUGCAAGUAUUGCGAGUGACGGUGGUCCGCAGGAGGGCAAGAUUUAUGAUUCCAACACCACCAUGCUUGUUGCAUUGCUGCGUCAAUUUGGCUUCAGCGAUGAUCAGUGUGAAAUUCAGCAGCGAGUCGUCAAGGAUGAUUUCGAGUCGCUGAAAACAGAAAUUGAGUCACUCACCGAUACAGUACAUGUAAUCAUAUGCUCGGGUGGCGUUUCGAUGGGGGAUAAGGAUUUCGUUAAACCCGUACUGAAAGAGCUGCAGUAUGAGCUAGUGUUCGGUCGAGUCAAUAUGAAACCGGGCAAACCAUGCACGUACGCGAGCAGUAAAAUAACUAAAUUUUUUGGCCUGCCGGGCAACCCGGUUUCAGCAUUUGUAACGUUUCAUCUGUUUGCGCUACCAGCAUUACGGCAAUACCUUGCCGCAAUAAACGAUGCAGCGCCGCAGGAAGCCAAGAUUACCCUACCGGCUAUCACAGUUGAGCUCUUGGAUGCCAAAUACGUUUUAGAUCCUAGGCCAGAGUAUGCUAGAGCGUCAAUCACAUCACGGGAUGGAAAAUUACUUGCAAAUAUCACAGGCGCUCAAAUCAGUAGCCGCUUGAAAAGCACUAUCGAAGCAGAUGUUUUGAUUGAGCUACCGCCGAGAACGGAGAGCAGGACGUUUGUUACAGCAGGAACACAGCUAAAGGCGUACAUCCUUCGUUCUGAUUUUAUCUCCCAUUAUGGGUAG